GUAGCUCUUCCUCUCAUCAUGGGGAACUUCGGCGUGAAUAUCUCUAGAGGAUUGUUUCCCGGGUGCCGGCGGCCGAACAAUCGCCGGCGACGUUCUUCGACAGACAUGAUCCAUAUCCGAAGGAGACGUAACGCGAGAUUAUUCUCCAAGGAGACGUAAUACUAUACAAUCUCCGCACACCAUAUAAAUGUGGAAUAUUUGUCCUUAUUUUCUGUAGUGUGAUCCACUGUCGGCUGAAAAGGAGGAAAAAAAUGAACAGCAACACUAAUGAUAUGUUUCACCAGCGUUUGGAAAACAUUACAGUCUCCCACAUUGCAGAGAGUGGAAUUUCAGGCGCUGAGGCUUCGGCUUUUCAUGCGAAACUGCAGUCAAUUUUGAAAGAAUGCGGAGGCGGCUCCAGAGCCCUAGCAUGGAAUCUCAUUUCACAGAGCCUUCUUCAGCCAUUUCACCCUUUCUCCCUUCAUCAAAUGAUGUAUUAUGGAUGCUAUGCAGACUGGGACGCUGCAAAGAACGGGCCUCCCCCUGCGUGGACUCCUUCACUGGAAAUUGCAGUGUCAACUAACAUAGGACGUUUAUUACAAAGGCGUGGGGUAGAGCUCAUAGGAUCUGCUUACACAAAUCCGAUUGCAAGCUUUUCAAGAUUUUACAAGCUUUCUAUUGAAAACCCUGAGAUUUAUUGGAAUGUUGUAUUUCAUGAGAUGGAUAUUUCUUUCAAUGUUCCUCCUUCACGCAUCUUGCAUGUGACUUCAUCAAAGGAAGACAACAAAUCAUUUCCAGGAGGAGUUUGGCUUCCAGGAGCAAUGUUGAAUAUUGCUGAAACUAGCUUGGUUCCUAAUAGUAAGAAAAAACCCAAUGAUGUGGCUAUUAUUUGGCAAGAUGAAGGAAAGAAUGAUUUUCCAUUAAAUGUCGUCACGUAUGAGGAGCUACGACUAAAAGUUUGUCAGGUUGCUAAUGCAUUAGAAACAUUAUGCCUCCCAAAGGGAUCAGCAAUUGCGAUUGAUAUGCCCAUGGCAAGCACUGCAGUUAUAAUCUACCUUGCAGUGAUUUUAGCAGGUUAUGUUGUUGUAUCCAUUGCCGACAGCUUUGUUGCUCGGGAAAUUUCUACACGUCUAAGAAUUUCUAAAGCUAUGGCAAUCUUUACGCAGGAUGCUAUCAUUCGAGGGGAUAAAACACUUCCUCUCUAUGCUAGAGUGAUUGAAGCCAAUUCUCCAAUUGCAAUUGUAAUCCCUGGAAGAGACUCAUCUUUGUGCAUGCCUUUGCGAGAAGGUGACAUUUCUUGGGAAGAUUUUUUGGAACGAACUCGUUUGUUGGAUAGAGCCUAUGAAUACAAGGCUGUUGUACAACCUGUACAAUCAAUGUCAAACAUCCUUUUUUCAUCUGGAACUACAGGUGAACCAAAGGCAAUACCUUGGACUCAUGCCACUCCAUUAAAGGCAGCCGCUGAUGCUUGGGCACAUACGGAUAUUCGUUCAGGUGAUGUUGUAUGUUGGCCAACAAAUCUGGGUUGGAUGAUGGGCCCUUGGCUUGUUUAUGCAUCGCUUCUAAAUGGAGCUUCUAUGGCUAUUUACAAUGGGUCUCCAACUGGUGCUGGUUUCACUAAAUUUAUACAGGAUGCAAAAGUAACAAUGCUUGGUUUGGUACCAAGUUUGGCACGAUCUUGGAAGCAUAUGAAUUGUGUUGCCGGCCUUGACUGGUCAAACAUUCGAUGCUUUAAUUCCAGUGGUGAGGCAUCUAAUAUUGAUGAAUACCUAUGGCUAAUGGGGAGGGCGUCCUACAGACCAGUUAUAGAAUAUUGUGGAGGCACCGAAAUCGGUGGUGCUUUUGUUGCAGGUUCAAUGUUGCAAUCACAAUCUCUUGCUGCAUUCAGUACUCCAGCAAUGGGCUGUUCUAUUUUCAUCCUUGGAGAGGAUGGUAAUCCUCUUCCUGAUGAUAAGAUUGGAAUUGGCGAAUUGGCACUUCAUCCAUCAAUUUUUGGGUCAUCAACAACAUUAUUAAAUGCCAACCACUAUGAUAUCUACUUUAAGGGCAUGCCUUGUCAUAAUGGGAAGAUAUUACGAAGGCACGGAGAUGAAUUUGAGCGUACCGUUGGAGGAUAUUUUCGAGCACAUGGGCGUGUGGAUGAUACAAUGAAUCUUGGUGGCAUUAAGGUGAGUUCAGUUGAGAUUGAACGUGUGUGUAAUGGUGUGGAUGGAAGGGUGUUAGAAACUGCUGCAAUUGGGAUUCCACCAAAUGGAGGUGGCCCUGAACAGUUGCUAAUUGUCAUAGUCCUCAAGGAUGCAAAAAAUGCUGAAACAAGUUUUGAAGAUAUUAAAGCAUCCUUCAACUCAGCCUUGCAAAAAACGUUGAACCCCUUGUUCAAGGUAAGUUUCAUUGCUGCUGUACCUUCACUUCCACGUACAGCCUCAAAUAAAAUAAUGAGGAGGGUGUUGCGUACUCGGUUUGCUGAUAUAAACAAUUCCAAUGCAAGAUUUGCCAAGAUAUGACACUAAUGACUAAACACCUCACUGGAAGUCAUGCAUCUCUCAACUUUCAAGUUUUAUGUCAACAUUCACAUCCGUCUUGUGGAAUUUGUCGUAUAAUUUGUUUCUCAAAUGUUCUUUUGUUGUAUUUUAAUUACUAUGUAUGGCCUCAGAGGAUGGAUGUUUAUGGAUCUCCCAGUGUCAAUUUCAUUUAUUAGUGUUUAGUCGUCAAAUUUAGCUUCAUUUACCCAGACCAAAGCUGGCCAGCUAGAUGAGUUACCUUGCAAAAUUUGAUAAAAUAAUGGCUAUACAAGUAAUUUUCCAAUGGCACCAUGUCAUUUUUUUCUUA